AUGCACUUUAUUAGAGUUUUCUAUUGGAAAUUUUAUAAAAUUAGAAAAAUGGUGAAACAAAUAAUUUUGUUUACAGUUUUGAUUAGUGGCGUUUUUAGUGGGUAUGUAAAUGUAAUGAAUGAUACUUUUCAAGAUAUGAGCAACUGGAUUGAAAAUGUCAUGGCUGGAGCAGACUCAGGAAAUAAUGACUGGGAAUACUACACAGACACCCCUACAAAUGUGUUUAUUACAAAAAUAAACGGACAAAAUGCCUUAGUUCUUAGAGCUGUAGCUCAGAAUUAUAAAGGCUAUAAUUAUACCUCUGGAAAAGUAAACUCUGUAAGGCCAUGGGGUCCAUAUGGAUUUUUCAACGUGAAAGCUGUCGUUCCUAAAGGAAGCGCAUUAUGGCCUGCUAUUUUUAUGAUGCCUCCAAAUGCUCAGUCUGUAUAUGGUGGCUGGGCUGCUUGUGGAGAAAUUGAUAUAAUGGAGACAAUUUGUUCUAACAGCUCAGGAUAUUCUACUUUACAUUUUGGUGGAGUAUGGCCGAAUAAUGUGCAAUAUCCUGUAUUUCCAAGCAAUGCUUAUCCUUUUGAGGUAACUUGGAACCAGCCUCAUUGGUAUGGCGUUGAAUGGCAGCAAACUUAUAUGAACAUUUGGCUUGACGCUCAAAUGAUAAAUGGAUCUAUACAAGGAGGAAAAUUAAUAAACCACAUAAACUCUUCACAGUGGUAUUCAUUGAAUAGCAAUGGACAAAAAUACCCUGGAAAUGCUCCUUAUAAUCAGCCGUUUAAUAUAAUUUUCGAUUUAGCUGUAGGAGGAAAUUGGCCUUGCAGUUUUCCUGGGUGCUGUGAUUAUGCGGCAGUGCCAGCGCAGAUGGAAAUAUAUAAUGUGCAGAUCUGGGCAUUAACUAAUGUAGAGGAGCAGCUUUAA